CUCGCAUUGAUAUAUAGGAUGGAUUGUAAGGAUGAAGCUAGAGGAGUUGUGAGUCGGACAUAGAAAGCUGGAUUCUCUAGCAGAUUCGCCGGUAAUUUAUACUAGUGGACCCCAGCUGCAAGUUCCGUCCUUUACAGAGCGGCAACAUCUGGUAUCCUAAACAGGAAUUAUGUUAGAACGCUCCGUCUAAUGGGACUUUUGAGCAGUUGCAGGUGCGCGUCCCACGUGUCUCAGGACGCGCUUAGUACCUACGCCGGCAAGUACCUCAGCACAGCACAACGGAAAUCGGUCAGUCUCUGCGCACCGAACAAGACGGCAUGCUGGCCUCUCCACCAAAAAGACGAAAGAUAGGGAGCCCUGAACCAGACAUUGAUGCCACCGGGCAUGCUGCGAAACCAAAACCCACUACGCCCACUAGAGCCUCGUAUUUGUCGCCGACCAAAAGUUCGCUGGCACGCUCUCACCCGCACCUUCUUAAUCAAGCUAAACCCCAGGGGACUUCAACAUCAAGGGGAAAGAGCUUGAGGGAGGAAAUAUUGCACAAAGAUCCCUCAGCUGCUGCACAGCAUGAGACCAAUGCAAACGUCCGGCCACAGGUCGAUCAUUCGAAGGAUGGGUUAGACACGACGAUAACAGCCGAAAACGAGGUCAAUCACGGUGACAUCACCCGCAACAAAACUACAGGGACCGUAAAUACCAAACAAUCUCCAGUUCAAGCCUCAUCGCCUUUCAAAAACCGGAAUUCGACACAUCCAGACCGGCCCAACAGAGGAAAGCUCAACGACGAAACCCUACCCCCGCUGACAACGCCCGCUCUUGUACGAAGAGGAGAAUCUCGACGGGUACCCGCUCACGCCCCGAGCCAUGAGCCCGAACUGCCGCCGACACCGGUGCAACUGGGUCUGAGUCCUGCCCCAGACAAGCCCCGGGGGUUGACGUCAAGUAGCAGUCCUAGAAGAUCCUUGACAGGCAGUGGGAAGAGCAGGCGGAGGACUAGAGGCUCGCUCGUUACAAGCAGUCCCCUGAAGCCAAAAGCACGACCGCCGGCAGUCGCCCGAAAUGAAGGUUCAUCCGAUGAACACGACGAGGUCGCCGAGGCGCAAGAGAGUGAAAUUGACCUACGACAUGAGGGGGACAUAUCAAUUGAGGUCAAAGAAAGACAAUCUAGUCUUCGCUCGUUGAGGGAGAAAUUACAGCAGCUCAGAACCGGGAAUGACUUAUUGGAGACCUUGAUUGAGCAUGGCGGAGAUUUAAGCACCGGGGAUGUCUCGAUUCUGGAGGAGUCCUAUCUUGACGGAAUACCACAGGAAGACGAUCUGCGCUUUCCUAAGGACAUGACCAUAACACAUCUUACAUUGUUUGCCCCAGGUAACCUGCAACUGCACAGUCGCACAGAACUCCGUCAAGAGGAUGGUCGCCCCAAAGCUGUCCACUAUCUGACUGUCACAGCACCCCCUCCAUGGCUCCCUGAUGUCUUUUCUUUCAGCUUUGAAGUCGUUGUCGACACCGAAAACGUCGCGGUCGAGCACUUGCAGCUGUUGGGAAGGAGCGAGAAGCGAGGACCAAGUUCUACGAUGACCAGCAUUUCCCAAUGGCUGUCUGCUCGGCUGGAGAAUCCUCUCCAUCGUCGCGACGUUGGUGGGUUGAUUUGGGCCAUAGGGAAAUAUUUUGGCGUCAUGGUCGAGCGGGCCAAGGUCUUUCGGCGCCUGGACACCUUCUACAAGUCGCUCGACACGGAAAAUCCGGACAACAUUCAGCAGGACGAAGCCGAAGAGCUUAGUCAGGACGACACCGUUGACUUGAGUCGGUGGAUGCACAAGAGCCAGCUACAACUUCCUGUAGCCGCCCGGAGCGUCGGGACAGGCAGGCCACCGUGCAAACCGAGUAUCAUGUUAGUAUGGGACAUUGAGCUUGACUGGACUGGGUCCAUAACAUCCUUCCCUUCCAUAUCUGUGGGCGGAGUCUCCACAAAGGCUGAGGCAAGGUUGAAGGAUGUCUUUUCCAGUUUGCUUCCCUUGAAAGGCGUUACUAGCGCCGUCGAUGGUGUUUGGAAACUCGCACACGGUGAUUAUGAGAACCAGGAGCUUCUGAAAAAAACUGCAGGCAAGACACCGGCGGCCUGACUGGUCGCUUGUUCCUACGAAUGCUGAUGAGAAUAUGAAUGUAUAACUUGAGGCGUAUCGAGCGAGCGAACGAGAGCGAAAUGAUAGCACACAGAUAAUGCAUUGACGAGCCCGGGCAGAUGUUGUACGCUACUGCUUACAUGGAACCUCAGCUUGCAGACAAGAGAAUCGCAUACAAGCUUGAUGUACCCCAGGGGAUCUGUCAUAACACCAAGUUUCUGAAAGCCCACUUCUUGCAUAUGAAUUUUCAUUUUCAUUGGUAUCGCCUUGUUGAGAAUUCCGUCAAUGGCCUGGAUGAGACGACAUGACGAUUAUCCUCGAAACCCGUUGAGCUUAUCAUCGGGCCGAACCAUAGCACAACCGUCACCGCUUGUAAGUGCUUUGAUUUCCCAUGCCAUGCACCUCGUCCACAGGCAUGGAUUCACAGGCUCCAGAAGGCGUGAGAAAAGACAAAUGCCCUCGAGGCACUGUGGCUGCCAGGGGGGAGCACAAGCCCUUUCAGUUGCUCAUCACCAUUGUUUUUCGGUUGCAAUCAUCCCUACACAACUCCCGUUCUUUUCGAAAUGUCAAGCGUCUAUUUCUUCUUGGCCUCCUCAGCAUCGGCCUUGGCCUUGGCUCUCUUCGCCCGGACACCGAGCAAUCUGGCAUCAGAUCUGGCGAUUCUCAACUUGCGCCGUGCUUCAAGCCAACACCGCUGUCGAUCGGGAUGGCGGUGGAGACCUUCUUGAUGGUCUUGCUCUCAUCUUCGGCCAGCUUAACCUCUUCGGCGGAGCUGUCGAGUUUCUUGUGUUGACCAGAUUUGCGCGGGAACAGGAUCAAGCGAGCCUUGUAGGCCUGGAGGCGGGCAACGUUGGUGGCGAGCGAUUCUUGGGAGGUGUUUUGGCGGCGGUGGUCAACGGCGAUACCGAUCGUGGGAGCGAGCUUGCGCGGGAUACCGGCUUCCUGUAGAACCAGAAAAGAAAACUCGAAUUAGUAACUUGUUCUUUCCAAUUGUACGUGUGUA